CGGUCUCGUACUCGCAUUUCUGGUGGCCCGGGUGAGGGGGGGACGAGCAGAAAUAAGGGAAAGUAUAAAAUAUAGAAUCAUUAAGCCGGAAUCCCUCGUGAGCAAUCGGGAAUGCACGCGAGAGCUACAGUGUAACGUUCUGGCUCCUGAGAUGCACGCGCAGGAGACAAGCCGCUGCUGUGAAAUAAUUUUUUGUGUGAAGACGUGUUGCGGGCCGCCAUUUUUUUGCUGUGCUGCCUCAAAAGUCUGCUCUGACUCGAGAAAAGGAUUCAAAAACGCAUUUCCAUGACGUGUGCCUUACCGUAAGAUCAAGAAGAUAACAAGUAAUUUUUUCGUUUCCGACCAGCGGCGACUGGCAACCUUUUGCAGACAUGAGGAUAUAUCAGAUGAAAAACUGAGGCCACCUUUUCCGUUCUCAUAACUGACACUGAGUAGAGGAGAUAAAUUAUUAGAAGAGAAGCCUGGUGUUUUUCUCGGAAGGCGGAACGAAAAGGGGAAGCUUCAUUGAUCAUUUGUUGCUUGAGGCCUCCGUCGAUGUUUGUAAGUUUUUUUUAUUUUUUCUAUUUUGGCCGCUCAAUCACUCAGCCGUUGACUGCUGAACACAGGAACCACAUUAUGCUCCAAAGUUGGACCAAGCCAGUCGCAGCCUGUCUCUGAAAACGUCAGGUUGUUUUGUUGUUGUUUUUUUUGUUGUAAAAAAGAGGUCUACGAAGCCUGCGGUGGUUGUGCAGAAAUCACUCGAAAACCUCACAGGACGACGAAUGCCCUGCCCUGCAUCUUCCAAAUCCUCCAAUUUGCUGUGAUUGGCCAAUUCCAACACGCAUACACGUUUUAACUUAUUGUCUAUUCUGUUUUGUUAUAUUCUUUUUUGUGGACUGAUACUAACUUAUUUUUAAAUAGAAAUGUCUGCUCGGUUUGAUUCGUCUGAUCGGUCCGCCUGGUAUUUUGGACCCGUGUCACGACAGGAGGCACAGAAUAGGUUACAAGGACAGAGACAUGGCAUGUUUCUUGUUCGAGACUCGUCGACCUGCCCCGGUGACUACGUGCUGUCAGUGUCUGAAAACUCCAAAGUGUCUCACUAUAUAAUCAACUCCUUGCCGAGCAAGAGGUUUAAGAUAGGCGACCAAGAAUUUGAUCACCUCCCUGCUCUCCUGGAGUUCUACAAAAUCCACUACCUGGAUACGACCACUCUGAUAGAGCCAGCACCCAGGUACCCAAGCACAGUGAGUGCUCCGAUCCAGCCCAUGGGUGGCCCAGAGGAGAACCUGGAGUAUGUGCGGACUCUAUACGACUUCACUGGAAGCGAUGCAGAGGAUCUUCCAUUCAAGAAGGGGGAGAUCCUUAUCAUCCUAGAGAAGCCAGAGGAGCAGUGGUGGAGUGCCAAGAGUAAAGAGGGGCGUAUCGGGAUGAUCCCUGUGCCCUACGUUGAGAAAGUGGUACGACCUUCACCCCACCCUGGCCAGCCUUCCCAUGGAUCUCGCAACUCCAACAGCUAUGGGAUUCCCGAGCCUUCCCACGCCCUUGUACACGCCUAUGCUCAGCCCCAGACACCUUCACCAUUGCCCCCAGGCACACCUGGAGCAGUUAUCGCCCCUUUACCGUCCAUGCAGAAUGGCCCAGUCAUGGCAAAGGCCAUUCAAAGACGAGUGCCAUGCGCAUAUGAUAAAACAGCUCUAGCACUAGAGGUUGGUGAUAUCGUCAAGGUUACACGGAUGAACAUCAGCGGUCAGUGGGAAGGAGAGGUGAACGGACGGCGGGGUCUCUUUCCAUUCACCCAUGUCAAAAUCAUAGACCCCCAGAAUCCGGAUGAGAGUGACUGACCUUCAACUGGAGCCUCUUGCCAGUACCAACGUGUUCCUGAAUCUGCUGGCUGUCUCCACCUUUUCCCGCCAGUGUCACCAUGGUUACGUGCUUGCCUGCUUGGGGCUGUACCAUGAUAGCGACCCCUCUGUUGUUACCAACCGUUGCAAGGCUUUCUGACUGUUUACAGCUUUGGACAUUGGAUCCAAACUAAAACCUGACCCUACUUCUCCCUGUUCCCUUUCCCAUGUCUUGGUUCCAGGCUGGGCAGUGUCUUUGCGUUAGUGUCCUUUUCAUUUCCAGAUCACUGGGCAUCUGUGUGUGCAUGUGUGCGUGUAUGUGUGUGCGCGCAUGUGUGCGCGUGCACGUGUGUGUGUAUAAGUGCAUGUGUGUGGGUGUGUGCUCACAAUAGAUAUUUACCACAUUACAUCACAACGUGUCCGGUUUUUUUUUUUUAUUUGAAUUCUUUGAAUAUUUGUUAUGUUUGAAGUCUUGGGGACUUGAAAGUAUUGGUGUGCGUUUGUUUUGUUGAUGUGAGGAUAUUUGUACGAAGUAGGGAAAAACAAUGUCCCUAUGGACUUGGGAGAGCACUGAGGCUAUGAGGAGUUAACCAGUCAGUCAAAUGUCAUUUCUUCAAACAAUCAAGUCACUGUUGUACCUUAACCAUCACACAAGCACACGCAUGUACACACAGUUAUUGGCCAUGAGGUAUUCAGGUUGACGGUUCUUUGAUGUGCAUGUGAUGUGUGACUGGAGUCAGGACAACGCAGAAGAGAUGGGUUUGUGGAAGAUCUUGGUUUUGUAACUUGACAGUAGAGAUCCCAUAAUCCCAUCCAACCUGGCACAUGUCUGGCUGACGAGACUUAUUUAUCUUAAGACAUGACACGGCCAUAUGUGAUUUAUUUUUCUUAUUUGUGCAUCAUGAUCAAGUUAACUAUAUUUGUUUUGUUUUUUUGUUUUGUUUUUUGUGACAUGGAGAAGAUGUAUGGUAGAGGGGUAAUUUUGCAUGUCCACUUGGUACCUCUCUUCACUGUCAUUCUCAUUCUUUUGAACUAAAAGGACAUUGCUUAGAGAUUAGCAGGUUUUUAGUGCCAUCAGCACCAAGCACUAGAAGAUAUAACUAUUUGCAUAGGAGUGCCAUGCUUCGAACAGGUUCCCAAAAGUCAAAUAGCAACGGCAGUAGCCCUGGCCAGCACUUCCCACGAGCAUCUGACUACAAGGCUAGCUAAAAACGCAGUGUGGGCACUCAGACUAAAGGCUUUCCACUGAGGUGAGAAGCUCCACUUUCAGUGGCAUAGGUCAGGGAAGGAGGAAAUGUCUUAGCAAGCCAAUGAGAUCCCAUUAAUGCCUUCUUCAGAGAGUAAGAUAAAUGCAUCGUUUAGUGCAUGCAGUCCCCUCUCUAACCUUAUGUUUUAAUGUGACGUUACUCCUGUCAAUUUAGGAAUCCGACCUGCUUUACUUGGUCUGUGCACAAUUUUUGACUCUUUUUAUGCAAACACUCUAUCAGAGUAUUGGAAAGCAUCUUUGUUCAUACUGUGGUGCAACCAAUUCUGUUUGAUCAGGAGGAGCCGAGGAUUAAGCAGUUGUGUAAACAGUGCAGGCAAUGCUGACCCCUAGAUUUCUGCUGUAAAAACUAUUUCGCUCACUUGUUUCCCCUCUUAGUGCUCCCUGUUCAAAUCACGGCUCAGACGUUCAGAGUAAUAUUGUGCAGCUUUUAGUUGUAUCCCAAUUUUGUUUUUGUUUUUUUAUUUUGUCAGUUUGUAGUCGGCUAUUAAAUCAAGCAUUUUUGUUAAAAUGAGUGAUGUUAUUAAACAAAAGUACCUACGGUGACAUUUACAAAAGGGAAAAAUGCCUGCUGGUUGCCUCUGUGCAUGACCUCUUGGUUGGGGAGAUGGUCCUACCUGGCCAAAUGCUGCUUUAUGUCAUUUAUUUCCUUAUUAAAUAAAGGUUUCUCUUAUUUUAAUCCUUCCUGGUCUGUGCAAACAAACCAGUGUGGGUUUUCCUCAUGAAACAUAAUGAAAUCUACUAAUUAAAGCAAUACGCCCUGGUUAGUUCCUUUCUUGAGGUGAACUCGCUUUUCUUGUGCUUCUGAGUUGUUUUUGUAAUGGCAUUAACAGUAUUACUGUGCUCUCUUCUCAUACUCUAGGAAAGCCUGUCUUUUACUUAAGAAUUGAAAAUUGUGCCUUUUUUAUUUUCUUAUACCAUUUACAUGUGUUAAUAUUUCCCAUGGUUAACACCUGUGCUGGUAUUGACCCUUAAUGUACAGAACAAGUAAAUAAAAUUUAUGUCUACUUCUUUAA